AUGGCCCAGUGGAAUCAAACCACUGUGUCAGAAUUCAUCCUUGUAGGAUUCUCAGAUAAUCCACUGGUCCGUACCUCUCUUUUUGUGGUAUUUCUAGCCAUCUACAUAAUCACUCUUCUGGGAAAUCUUGGGAUGAUCGCACUGAUUCGUCUUGACUCCCAUCUCCAAACACCCAUGUACUUUUUCCUUAGCAAUCUGUCCUUCUCAGAUCUCUGCUACUCUACUGUCAUUGUCCCCCAAACACUGGUGAAUUUCUUGCUUGAAAAGAAAUCCAUUUCAUUCAUUGGCUGUGCUGUCCAGUUUUACUUCUACGCUGUGUUUGCCAGUGUAGAAUGUCUCCUACUAGCUGCCAUGGCCUAUGACCGUUAUGUGGCCAUCUGUAACCCAUUAUUGUAUCCUGCUGUCAUGUCCAAGAAGGUUUGCAGGUUCCUGGUGCUGGCUUCAUACCUUGUGGGUUGUGCCAAUGGCAUGGUCCACACCAACACUAGCUUUCGCCUUCCCUUUUGCAGCUCCAAUGUCAUUAAUCAUUUUUUUUGUGAUGUACCCUUAAUUCUGAAGCUUGCCUGCUCUAACACUCAGCUCAACCAGAUUCUGCUUUUUGUGAUCUCUUCACUGAUAGGACUCUGUUCAUUCUUCAUCAUUCUUAUCUCUUAUAUCUACAUUAUCACUGCUAUCCAAAGAAUCCACUCAACCGGGGGAAGGAAGAAGACCUUCUCUACCUGUGCUUCCCAUUUGAUGGCUGUCACCUUGUUCUACACCACAAUUCUUUUCAUCUACCUGAAGCCUUCCUCAAGCAACACUGAAGCACAAGACCAAGUUGCUGCUGUCUUUUAUACAGUGGUGAUUCCUAUGGUAAACCCUCUAAUUUAUAGCCUAAGGAAUAAGGAGGUGAAGGAAGCCCUGAGAAGGAUAAUCCACAAAUACCUGUGG